UUCACUCACCGACCCGAGAGACACCUGACCGAGCCCUGAGGUUACUGUCCGGGUCGAGGAGACAUGGCCUCUCGGGGGACUUUUACCGACCCGGGCUGCAGUUCGUCCGAGGAGGACAGUAACCGCGCGGACUUGCUGUCGGAGGAGGAGGAGAGGAAACCUGCCGCGGUCCGCCGGCAUCACCCGUUCAGCGUGGAGGCGCUCAUGUCCGGGAGGAAGACGGACAGCCGCGGCGGAGAGUCCGCCUGCUGUAGAACCAGCAGUUCGGGGUUGGGCUCUCUGUAUCUGCGCCGGGAGACGCGCRGUCCUGCUGGGGAAAGUCGGAGCGGCGUCCCGGCGGCGCCUCGGUCUCCGGUCAAAUGUGAGGCGGAGGACUGCGCAGCUUCGUGGGCCGCUGCUGCUGCUGGCAACACCUUUUCACCUCAAACACGUCACGUCAAUCCCGCCUGUCAGCUGAGGAAGCACAAGACGAACCGGAAGCCCCGCACSCCCUUCACCACGUCCCAGCUCCUGGCUCUGGAGAGGAAGUUCAGGCAGAAGCAGUACCUGUCCAUCGCGGAGCGGGCCGAGUUCUCGUCCUCCCUGACCCUCACGGAGACCCAGGUGAAGAUCUGGUUCCAGAACCGCAGGGCGAAAGCAAAGCGGCUCCAGGAGGCCGAGCUGGAGAAACUCAAGAUGGCCGCUGACGCCAAAACRGCGGCGGUGACGGCCACUGCUGCCGCUGCUGGAGCUUUACAUCCGAGCUUUACGUUGCCGCUGUCUCUGGGCACCAUGUCUCUGUAUGGACAGUCGUACUCUGCCUAUCACUACCACAGACCCAUUCUGCCCGUAUCACCUUUGGGACUGUACACCUCUCCUCUGGGCUACAGCAUGUACCACUUAUCAUAAAAAAAUGGAAAUACCAUCGGACACA